UCAUCCUGUCUCCUCUCUCUUCAUCUUCAUUCGUCAACCUUUCUUUCUCUCUCUACUUUCUCUCUCCUCCUGUGCCACUGAGAGAGCAAUGGAGGACCUAUGGAAGCGAGCCAAGACGUUCGCCGAAGAGGCCGCGAAGAAAUCCCAAGCCCUGAGUACCUCCUCCUCCAGAAUCGCCGAUCUCGUAUCCGAAACUGCCAAGAAAUCAAAGGAACUCGCUGCCGAAGCAUCCAAGAAAGCCGACAUCAUCAAAACCGCCGCGCUCCGCCAAGCGGAUCAGAUCAAAUCCCUCUCCGACAGCAUCACAAUUCCUCCUCAAUUCUCCGUCAUUGCCACCGCCGCCACUGCGGCUACCUCCGCCGCGCCGCCGCCGACUUCGCCUGAAGAGCUCGAGAAGUUCGGCGUCACCGACGAUCUCAGAUCCUUUGUCAGGGGCCUCACUUCCACCACCUUCCAGAACUUUCCUCUCAGUUCUGAUGAAUCUGAGGCUUCUGACGUGGCCACUGUGGCCUCCAACGUUCGGAAGGAUCUCAACGAGUUUCAGGAGAAGCAUGCCACUCUUGUUUUAACUUCUGUUAAGGAAAUUUCAAGAUUGAGAUAUGAACUAUGUCCACGUGCUAUGAAAGAAAGACACUUCUGGAAGAUAUAUUUCACACUUGUCAAUACUCAUGUGGCUCCGUAUGAGAAGCAAUAUAUGGAAGAGGUUCAGCUUAGAGCAGCAGCAGAGAAGAAUGUGGAAACUAAGGUAGAGCAAACUGCUGAUACUGGAGGAGCUGGUAAGGCAGAAGCGACAGGGAAGAAUGUAAAGGGUAAAUCUUCUAAUUCAUCCUCUACUGAGCAAGACUUGGAUACGUUUCUUCUUGGAGAUCUUGAAGACAGUGAUGAAGCUCCAGAUGAUGGUGAGGGCAGUUUUGAUGAUGAUUUUGACAAGAUUGGGAAUUCUGAUGUCGAAGAUGAGAAGCAUGUGAAGAAAACAACUGCUGCAACAGUUUAAGAUGCCCAUUUGCUUUUCGUUCGAGACUAAAGUAAAAAUGAAGUUUGCUGCUUGCAACUAACUGAGAUAUCAGACUAUCAGUGAACUGUAAAGAUAAGAUGUUGUAGCAGCCUGGAAUUUAAGAAUGGUGGUUGUGGCAGUGUGUAGAUUUGGUUAACUGGUUGGAAAAACUGAAGUAAUUCGUCAUUGUUUAUUUGUUUACUCUAUAUAGUGGCAGAUUAAUUCUAGAUAAAAUGUUGAUGGUGCCCCUGUUGCCUUGUACAGUUGACCUUAUUCGUUGAUGAUCCUAAAAGUUCUUAUUUGAUAUUACUUUCAGCGAUUUGCAAUAUUGAUUCUGGGGCUUGUUUCGUGGUGGGCAUUGUACUUACGGUA